GUUGAGGUUGUCAGGCCGAAAUCCGAACUAGGUUGCCAAAUUUUCCAGAGAGACAUUUUAUUUAUAACCCCCUUUUUUAAAACAACAAAAACAACAACUCAGGGCUGUGAACAUAUCCAACACACCUUCCUAUUUUCCUCACAACAUCAGUCCUGUGAGAUGGGUUGGACUGAGAAAGAGUGACUGGCCCAAACCCACCCGACUGGCUUUCAUGGCUAAGGCAGGACUUGAACUCAUGGUCUCCUGCUUUCUUGCUAGGUGACUUAACCUCUUGACCAAGCUGGCUCUAGAUCAAACUGACUUCAUAAGCUUUAUCCAUCCAUUUUUUUCCUGGUAACUUAGAAGGAGCUGGCAUGACAUAAGAAUGCUUUGUUAUCACAUUCUCUGUGACUCUGAGAAAUAAGACUUGGGCGCUUCAUAAGAUGUUUUCUCCCUCCUGUAAACUGGAGACUUAAAAUCAGCAAGGUUAGAAUUAGUAUGCUUUAUGGUCUGUCCCGAAUCAGUAGUUAUAAAAUCUACAGAUUGCUCAAGUCAGGAUCCUGAUCUCAGGAAUAUUCAUAUGUGCAUCCUGAAUGUUUCAACCUCCAGCACUAUCGGCCAAUAUAGGGGCUGACAGAGAACAGGGCAGAAAACGUGCCUUUUCCACUGCUUAUCCCUAUCCUGCCUCUACAGCUGUGGGUGGAAAAGGAGUAGAAAGGAGGACGGGUGCAUGUAUAUGGAAUAUCCGUCUCAGAAUAUACUAUACCCAUCUGUUGGUGAUACUGUUCCUGAAAUCUCUGUAUCAUUUAUUCCUAUAUCUUGCUAUGGAAAAAUAGUGCCUUAUUCAGCAGAUAAUAACAAUUCCAUACAGUCUAGAAGUUGUUCGUUGAAUUUUACAAUUGAUACUAAGAUGGGCUUUGAAGAACCCAAUGAAACAGUAAAUGGAAAAAAGCCUUCAACUAUUGGGAAUCUCUCUGAAGUGACCUCUCUAAGAAAGGAAGAAACAGCAAGAGCUACAGCUGGUCUUGCCGAAAGAAAAUGCUUAAAGAAUAUAUGUAUUUCAGAAUCAGAUAAUGAACUACAUAGGGAAUGUAGCAUCCCUGAGAUUCAAAAACUCAAACAUGUAAAUUGGACAGAAUUGUUUCUUGAUCAGUCUCCCAUUGGGGAUAGCAUUCAGGAAAGUAAUCAACCUGUCUGGGAUCACUGCAUAUUAAAAAAGAUGGUUCAAAGUAACAGGAGCAAAGAUAGCAUAAAUAAAAAGCCUGACACUUUUGAUCCAAAGCUGUUAUAUGCAAAUAUUUUAAAAAGCUCUGUAGCCUUUGAAAAUAAUUCAGAGAAUUUUGAACAAGAAACUCCUGGGACUUUGGUAACUAAUAAUACAUCAUGUCCUGCAAGCUUUAUUUCAGAUUCCAUCCAGCCAGCCAAACAUAAAAAUGAAAACUAUUUUUGGGCUCCACUCAGUGACAGUUCGGAUGAAGAGUGGACAAAUAUGACAGAAAAUAAUUUAAAGUGGACAACUAUGGACAGCAAAAAUUAUAAAAGUGCUAACUUUGACAAUCCAACUAUUAUGAAAUAUUUCAAUUCAUCAAUGCCGGAAGAUGAAUUUACCUUCAAAAUAAUGCUUGACAGCUACGAAGAAUGGAAUUCAGGAAUGGAAACCUUGGAUAUUCGAGAAUAUAAAUGCAAGAGUUUUACCCAGACUCCAAAAUAUGAAGAUUUUAGUGGAAGACGGAAUUCCAUAAAAAGCAACCAUGAAAAGUCUACAAAUGGAAAUAUCCAUUUUCAUUUCAAGUCUACAGUAGAAAAAGAUAUGCUGAGGGAUCAGGUAUCAGGUAUUCCACCUCUAGAGAGAGCCUCAGACCAGAGAAACGAAUCUAAAUUACAGCAAACGCUGGAAAUGGACAAGAUCUUUAAAGGGAGGAAAAAUAAACAGGAAGUCAAUUUUAACAAAAAUAGUUGUGAUACAUAUCAAAAAGAUGCAGAAUUGAUAUCUCCAUUGGAAUAUUCAGUUAUGCAAAUUAAGAGCAGUUCGGAGAGUUCAUUACUGAAGCCUUCAGAAAAUAAUGCUUAUAAAGUAAAUAAUACUUAUAAAGAGGACUCAGACUCUUUGAAUCACAAAAGCAUGAAUAAGAGCAAUAGUGACUGCAUUUUGCUAGCUAGGCCUCACCAGAUCAGGGAUGACCAGGUAGUCCAUAAGCCUUGUAUCGUCUCCAAAAAUGAGCAAAGCUCUGUAAAUCAUAAUAUUUCUGCAAUUGGCCUCAAAUCAGCAUUUGGUGCUAAAGAAUUCCUCACUGCAACUAUUAAAGGGGAUGGUCAUGAGAAACCACUUUGCAGCAAUACAUUCCCAUUAGAUUUCAGCCAUAGUGAUGGCAUUUUGGCUAAAUAUUAUUUUUAUUUGAACUAUCUCAAUGAGUCCAAAAGAUUUCAAGGUGAAAAUGCCCAUCGGUUCUUUUUUUGUCAAGAACAUGAUUUUUCCAAAGAAACCUACGAUACUGGACCCUGUUACUGUAAGAAUAAUAGCAUGUAUGAGGAGCAGACAGAUGAAAAUAUGAUCAAUGAUCUGGGAACUUCUGAAGGCAAUAAAAAGACUGAGAUCAUCAAACAGCAAAAUCAUUUCAAAGAUCAGGUGUUGAAGCCCCAGUCUGCAAAUAGCAGCCUCAAACAAAUGGAGAGAACAGGCAGUUUUAAAGACCAGGACGUUUUUGAAAGCAGGAAAUCAAGCCCCAAACAGGCUAGUUCUAAGAAACAUUGGGAAAGAGCCAGCAUUUCGUGCUCAUCUUACACACAGAGAAAACUGAAGCCAAGUAGAUCACAUGUCCAAAGACCUGCAACAGGCAAGAAGUUAAUAAGGAAGAGCAGUUAUAACUCCGAGAGCCGUCCAUCUUCAGGGACACAACGUAGGCUACAGUAUGAAAACACUCCUCAAGGUUAUAACAAAUUAAACAUGAAAAGUGACUUCAGUCUCACACCAUGGCUGCUGCUUCCUGAUGAAUUGUGGCUUUGUAUCUUUUCCCUGCUGACUCAUAAAGAUAUUUCUCGGAUUUCCCAGGUCUGUCAUCACUUUUAUCAACUAGCUGGAGAUAAGUCCUUUUGGAAGAAGAUUCAGCUUAAAGAUUGCCACUGCUUGAAUGAUGAUUGGUUGAUUAGUUUAGGAAAACACCACCCUGAAUGUUUCACUCUUGAUCAUUGCCAUGAUAAAAAUAAGAGAAUUUCUGAGGUUGGGCUAAAACAAUUCUUCCAGUACUGUGAAGGAUAUCUUAAGGCACUGAAUAUAAAAAACUGCAGUGGUUCUGGAUAUAAAGGGGACAGCGUUCUUCUUCACGCAAGCACCUUUUGCCAUAACUUGGCAGUUGUAGAUAUAAGUUGGACAGGAGCUACUGAUUUUGGACUCAAUUCCCUGGUUAAAGGUUGUAGCAGUUUACAGUGUUUUUCUGCUAAUGGAUGCCAGAUUACCAAUGAGUCAGUAAUGGCCUUGAUUGGAAAACAUGGAAAAAGCCUUAAGAAACUGGAAAUAUUUGGUUGUCAAGCCAUUACUGACAAAUGCUUGAAAUCAAUUACUACUAAAUGUCCAGGUCUAGAGGUUUUGAACAUUGGCAGACUUCAUAGAAUCUCUCAGGACUGUUUAGUGCAAAUGGUAAAUUCAUUGCAAAAACUUACUAGCCUCAAUGUCACAGGCCUUGAAAUGAUGAGGGAUUCUCUAGUACAUUGUAUUUUGAAGAAAUGUCCUAAACUGGAUUGUUUGGUUCUUAACUCGUGUGCUCACAUAACUAACAUCAGUCUACUUGAAAUUAGCUCUUAUCUGCCAGGUAUCAGGUAAGGUAAUAUGUUGGAAAUGCAUUUGUCAUUGAAUUUAUAUAUUUUGGCAUUAUUUAAAUAAUUUUCAAUGAUGUUACCCCCUUAGUUAUGUUGACAUUUUGUUUUGCCUUUUUGCUAUUUGUGGCAUAUACAAGAUAGGUGGCCUUAAGUGCAUUAAACAAGAAGUCAUCGAAGCUAAUACUGGAUAGUGCUAUUUCUAUGGCAACUACUUAACAUUUUGUUGCACUAUCAAAUGUGUAUGUUUUUAAAAAGUAAAAUUUAAAGGUGUAUUAGGUUCUUAACAUUGUGAUAUUUUAAUAAUAAAUUUAAAAUAAAGAACUGGAAGCUAAUUAUAAUUGAAGCUGGAAGUCAAAGAGUUGUGGUUACUAUUGAUCACAGAUUAAACUUGGAAAGGGAACCAAGAAACAUGUAUACAACAAAUGAAACAAAUGGUUUAGCAGGAUAAUAAUAAUAAUAAUAAUAAUAAUAAUAAUAAUAAUCAUCAUCAUCAUCAUCAUCAU